GUUCCCCGACUUAUUACCAGCUGAUGAUGAUAAAUGACCCAGAGUCCAGCUGCCCGCUCCAUCUCCGCUGCCUGCCCCAGCCCCCUACCCCUAGAUCCAGCAGCGGAUAUUGCCCAGCGGGCGGAGCUCCGUUCCCUGGUUGCGGCUUCUGGGGAAGGUGGUAGCAAGGACGGUUGUUCUGGGUUGGUCCUCGAGGCAGAUCUGGCGGAGCGGAUUUCGCAAAAGAGGAUCUCUGCAUCUGAGAAGUUGAAGUGGGGUCUGGAUGAGCACGUCUUCAAUGCUUCGCGGGGCUUGAAUGCUGGUGGUGCUGGUGGUGUCUUGUCCCAUCGGCGUGGGGAGUUCGGCGGAACAGUACCGACGGUCACUUCGUGUCGCCCUUUCCAUAGGUCGUGCAGCUGGAAGGUGAAGGCAGGUGCUUCGUCGAUCUUUGAUGAAGGCUGGUCACUGGUCAAGCCAAAAUUCUGGUGGAGGAAGAGUCUUGAUUCUCAUGGAGAAUUGCCUCUGAAACAGCAUAGAGAGAUGAAGAACACCAGUUUUUUUAAGAAGAAAUUAAGUGGAAAAUGCUUCAACUGUCUGGCGUCUGACCACUACGCCUUUCUUUGCUCAGCGCCGGUUCGCUGCUGGCAAUGUCUGCAGACCGGACACAGGGCUAGGUCUUGUCCUAGAGAUAUUUCCCAGAGAAGAUCUCAUUCAUUUCGUGACCUACCUGUUUCACUCAAGCAUUCAAUUCAGAGAGACGGGUAUUCAACUCAGAGAGUCAGCCCUUUCUCCUCGAGCCAUCAACAGCUGAAUCCUCUCUCAGGCCCUCUUCAAAAGGGGCUGGAGUUGCAUCCUGUGCAAGCACCUCCCACUUCCUCCUUGCUGCAACGGAAGUCUUACCUUCAGGUUGUCCAGAGUGGUCAGGCAAUGGAUGCUCGCUACCCCGGAGACCCAAGGGCUCGGUCUGCAAGGGCUGUCUGCGCCAUCACCGCGACUGGUUUGAUCCGUCGACGCAGGGAUGAGUUAAUCAGUAAGGCGGUGGUUUGCUCCUUUGAUGGGAACAGUCAUGAGGUGGAUGUGCUGGCAGCGGGGGAUAUGCUGAGGGAUUCUUUUGAUCUUCAUCACGGUCAGUAUCAGCUUGUCAAGCAUUUUCCUGAACAGUUCUUUAUCAUCUUCGCUGAUUCAAGAACCAAGCAGUGGGCUCUGGAUAGGAGGUCGGUCUCAUAUCGUGGUCGGGUUUUUCACUUUGGGGACUGGUCUGAAGAGUGUUAUGCCAGGAAAACUUGCUUUGAAUUCAGAGUGAAGGUUAGGGUUGAGGGGAUUCCAGUUCACUGUUGGGGAGAAGAUGUGGCUGCUAGGGCUUUGGGCAGGAGCUGCGCUAUUCACUAUGUCCAGGAGCGCUCUAGGCGUAGAGAACGCACUAGGUCCUUCGAUCUUUGGGCUUGGUGCUCAGAUCCUUGUGAUAUCCCCAAGGAGGUCUGUUUAACGGUCACAGUUCCUGAUAGGGAGCUCCCUCCUUCUAGUGCCCCUCUUCCUCUAGUUGGGGCAAUGCAUGACUCACCAGCUGAUCUAAAGGAGGGCCAUGUGUACACCAUUCGCAACCACAUUGAAGUUGUUGAAGAUCUUUCCUUCAUCCAAGGAAGGGAUGUUAGAGGGGGUCCCCCUGGUCGUAGACCACGCAGAGAAUUUGUAUGGAGCUAUGGUUUGCCAGAUUCAGUUGGAGAAAAGAGAGAGAGAUCAGAGGAUCGCAGAGGCAGGGACUUCGUUCGACGCGACUGGGGUCACGAUGAUGAUGAGGAUUUCCAGCAGACUAGGCGUCAUGGCACCCGGAGACAUCGCAGUCUCUCUGGCUGGGCGCGUUCUUCGCGGUGUCGUGGAGGUCCGGGGGAUUGCAUCAGUUCGAGCGGCAGAAACAGACCUUCCACUCCAUUCCGUCGUCGUGGCUUGGUGAUUGGGCCAACUGUGCGCUGGAUUCCAAAGGUUAAGACCAAGUCGGUCUCUUUUGCUGACCCCCUCAUAUCUGCUGUUUGGUCUCCAGCUGCUGUAGGUGAGCCAGGUGGUGAUAUAAGUCUGAAACAUGCUACCAGAGAGACUCCUGGCGACAUGGCAGUUCAGCGACCUUUUUUUGCUGCUCCUUCAAAGGUGGAUCUGGUUGAGCAGCUUGCGAGGCAUUUCUCUAGGCCUCUUACCAAGGAACAAAUGGAGGCAAUUAUGGAGCUGGCAACUCAGGGGAAGGAAAAGGAAAGGACCAAGAAGAAGGGCAGCAAGGUGACACCGCUCAAGGCUCCUAUUAUCGAGGCUGCUAAGAUGCUCUGAGUUGUAUUAUGAGAUGUGUGGGUUGUUCUAGUGAACCAUGUUAUGUCGUUGGUGUACUUGUCUUUGGGUCGCCCGGGAUCUUUUGUUGGCUGCUUUGUGUAGCAGGUUGUUGUCUGGGCAGUGGUGUCUGUUUCCUUGGCUAGCAAUGUCUGUGUUUCUGUCUGCUUUAGUUUCUGUUGUAAGUCGCUGGUUGUUCGCUGCUGGAAGGGUGUUAUGGACGGUGGAAUGCCGGUUGGCUCCUGUUUUCCUUUCCUAUCCUGUGUACCACUUGUGUGUCAUUAUUUUGUUAAGUAGGGGUGCUGUUUUUGAUUAAUGAAUAUCAACUGUUGUAUUCUGUCUUGGAAUGUGAGGGGGCUAAAUGACCCUGCUAAGAGAGAAAGUGUGAAACAAUUGAUUCUCUCUUCUGGAGCAACUAUUGUUUGUCUUCAAGAAACAAAGAUAAUGAGCUGGAAUUCAAACUUAUUAAAGGAAACACUGGGGUGUAAGUUAGCAACUCAGUCGACUUAUUUAC